AUGACGAACAACCGAAGUGAGCGGGAGAGCUUGCAGCAGUCGGUAGUGGGAUCAAUAGUUUUAGCGAUUGAGGAGCUUUCAGGAGGGUUAGAAGGGGAUCAUGAGACGACAGUGGGUAUUGGGUUUAAUUUGUUAGAUGUUUUGAAGUCGGUUAAUAACCGGUUUGAGCUUUCUGUUGUUGAUGCUGGGAAGCGGCAGGAUAUAUUUAUUCCUGUUUUGGGGGCUAUUAUGGAGAGGCCAGACUUGGCUUCGCUUGAUUUGUUUGCGUGUUUGUUUGCUUAUUGUUCUGUGAUCAACGCGUUGCAGCCUCUUGUGGUGAGGUUUGUUCAGAUAUGGUCCAAGGAUGACUGUUUGAGAAGUUCGUUAUCUAGGAUGGCAGGAUCAGGGAGUGGUGGAAGGAGUACAGAGAAAAUAGGGUUUUAUUCUGUGAUAUCACAUUUAGAGAAUUUUAGUACGUUGCAUCAGAAAUCUCUUUCUUACCUGAAUUUGCAAUUGGAUCGAGUGCUUGUUGAUCAGUGGUUGCCGCUAUGGUCCAGAUACUUGAAACUAGGUGGGUCUAUUACCCUUCAUGAUUUCGUUAUCCAAGAAAGGUUAUUGCUUCGUAUUCAUGAUGAAUCUGUUCAAGAUUUUAUCAUUUCGGUAAAGUGCCGUAAUGUGGAUCAGUGGCGACAGCUUUCCGCAAGGAACUUGGGAUCGUGGAAUUACUUUAUCUAUAUGACGGCAAACAGGUUUUUGAGGUUUUCAGAUUCGCAAAUCAAUGAGCCCAAAUUCAAAGAAUUUGCAUUGCCCUUUUUGACCAAAUGUGUUGGGAACAAUAGUUUUACGUUGUUGCAUUCAGAUCCGAAAUUCAAGUUUCAGGUGUUAAUGGAAAUUUUGGACCAUUCUGAGAUGAACUUCCUACAAGAGCCACAUUUAACGAAUUUGCUAAAAAUUGCAUUGUCACAGUUUCAUACAAUUGUUCGUGAUGGCACAACAGAGGAUAUUACGAAGUUGCAUUUACAGUUAGGCGAACUAGGCACUACUCAAAGUUUGCCAGCUUUGAUCAAUAUGUUGCAGUUUGUUGUAGCACGAUUUUUGCUUAACGUUGGAAAUACCACCGAAGCAGGUGUCAACCAGCAAGUUGAUCUAGCUUGGUUCAAAAAACAUGACAAGUAUGUCAUCCCUUCUGGAUUUCACAGACUACUACCAUACUUGCCACCCAUAUCCAAAUCCUUGUUCACCUUUGACUAUGCAUCUGCGUAUUUGCCUUCUAAUAUAAUCACAGACUACUCUCAAAUUAUCACUAAUUUGCUGGAUUCAUUAACGUUAUUACUGUCAAUCAAUCACUCAUUAUUGGAGUUUUAUCAGGAGCUUCAACUGAAUUCCUUGCAUUUUGUGAAUUAUAGUGAUAACUACUAUGGAACAACGCCUGACAAUGAGGCUUUACAAGGUAUUGAAAAUGACACUUGCUUGCAGUUUAUGGAGCUAUACUAUAUUCCACUGAUUACUUCAUUACUUCUAUCUGAUCAGUUGUUGGAGUCCUCUGCAGAUUCUGCAAAGUUGGUUUCCCCAAAAUUGUAUCAAAUCAACGGCAGACUCAUUUUUACUCAUGUCUUAAAGUGUUUAGAGCAAUUGAUCGAAAAUCAUGGUAGUUCUGCGCUAUAUAACCUGCUUAAGUUUGUAUCCAUGAUAUCCAUUGAAGAUUUGACUAUUCAAAAGAAGUCCAUAUUGUUGCUAAACCAUUUAUUUUUCCACGGUGAUACCGAUCGUAUAUUGCAAUUGUGUCUCCAAAAUGAACUAACAACUCAGGCUUUGAACGACUAUAUUGGUUUAUGGAACGAUGGUAGUAGUAAUUACAAAUUAUUCUUUACUCGAGUCUUUAAAACAAAACAGCCUGAUGCAUCUACCGUCACAAAAACAUAUGGUGAACUUUUGAGAUUAAUACCAGAAUAUAAACCGCCCCCAUUUACUCCAUUAUCAGCCGUCCCAUUAUCUAUGCCAAUCCAUAAUGGAGCAUCGCCUCCAGAUAGCCUUAUGGUAGAUACCACUCCGCUACAAACACCAACAAUCAACAAGCCUAAAUUCAACACCAAUGCAACCUCAUUUAUUCCCCAAAAUAUUAACAUUACUACACCAUCAAGGCAUUCGCCCUCAAAUUCCGUCAAUCUACCGCCACAACCACCAUCGACUUUAUACACCUCUAUUCCUUCUCCCAUGCUUUUUGGGACUGGUCAUAACAAUACACCACAAUUACCAACACCUAUUACAGAUACUUACAGUUCCUCGAAUUCCUUCUAUAUCCCCCAGCAAACAGUGGUAAGACCAACACCAACCAGACAUAGUAGUUAUCCUUCAAUGCCCACAAGUAACUCCACUGCUUCAUCCGCAACCUCAAAUUCUACAGCAACCCCACAACAUCAAAGGACUUGGCAACCCCCUACGGGUACACCCACAGGCCCAUCUCCAUAUGGACAACAGCAACAGCAACAAUCGCCUUCAUUUUUGACAUCAGCAGGACCUGGGAAAUUGGUCAAUAGCGGUAAAAACUAUAUAUUAGGUGGGCACAACAGAGCAGUUAACAAUAGCAGAACGCAGAGUAUACACGUUGAUGAAUUUGAAAAGAUGCACAUGUAG